AUGGCUGAUCGAUCUGAAGCUGAUAUCCCGACCGAUGUUCCUCCUUUUGCCAGGCCGUUGGCUCCCUACAUCAGAACUCGCCAGGAAGCGCUCCGCAUCCGACAGGCUUUGACCUACUACCUUCGUUCGCAGAUAGAUUUUGCAGAGGAUGACUCCGAAAAUCCCAAUUGUCAUUCCCAAUCUCAUCUUUCCCUUAGCGUACCGCAAGAUGCUGCGGUCAAUGUCAAGCGAAUCCCGGCAGAGUUGGCCGGGCUGAGGAGGGAAUACUUGCAAGCACUCCAGGCGAAUCUGGCCGCGCGGAAGGAGUAUCAUUCAUUGACCGAGAAAAUUGCGUCGGCGAAAGAGAGAACAAAAGGCUCAAAGACCGAGUCCCCGUCUAUCGACCCCAGUUCAGAACUACAGACAUACCUCCGACUGCUGCGUGAUCGCCGUCGGCAUGCGAAGUUGCAGGUCUUUCAGCACUAUCUACAUGAACUCAAAGAACGAGACUCGGAUAUCUCUGAGCGCAUCGGUGACCGAGCGAGCCAAGGCCAGCAAAUCGUGUCUUUGGAGGAGACCGAGGAGGAAUGCAAACCGACGGGACGUGGCGCAGACGAUGGAAUUGAAGGCUUGGUACAUAAACUGGAAAGGGCCGUGAUCCGUGCCAAGGCUCAACUGGACCGAGAGAGAAGUCUCUUGGACGGUUUGAAGUCGCAGCUUGCGUCAGACAGUACAGAUGUACCUCCGGCAGUCAAAGUUGCGGCAUUGCAGCGGACGCGGGAUGAGCUGGUGCAAUGGGUUGAAGAGAAAUUAGUGAGCGUGGGUAACGCAGACGAUGCUCCUGUGCACGAUCUUUCUCCCGAGGAGAUCGAGGAGUCCACUCGGUCGGUCGAAGACCAAAAGGCAGAAAUUGCGGCACAGUAUAUUGCCUACGUGGAAGCACGUAAGCGAUUGUUGGAUGCUGCUUCUCGGGCCUGUCAGCCUCUGACAAUGCCAUCUACGAAGCCGUCACGCCAAUCGGUCGACUUAGGGAAGCUCGCGAUUGGGGAUCGAUCUUCACUGGACCCGCUGGAGGUUCUGUCUUUUACAAGCGAGAAUAUUCUUCCACUAUCUAAGGCCCAGCGAGCAUUGGCUCUGCAGAAGAACUACUUAUCGGGGUUGCUGACCAAGCAAAGGUCUAUGACUCUCCGUAUUCUGAAUCGCUUGAGCGAUGAGAGUCACCUUCUUCCGGAGUACCCUCUCUUGACUCUUCAACCCCGUUUCAAGCACAUCAGUUCGAGGCAUGCGACGAGCGCGACUGGGUUGCCGAAACCCGACGAAGUUGUUUCCUUAGCUGAAUCAUGGGCCUUCGCAUCGGAAGCGGCAGCGACGAACGAACACCAGUACGUCGAGGAGAGGCUGGUAGAGGGCCAGGAGGCGGCUACGGACGCAGAGCAUGUACUGCAGGAGGUGUACAACAUGUUGAAUCAGGACCUCGAGGAGACCUUGCGAGAUCCGCAGUCAUCAGAAGAGGACUUGAAUGACAUCUGGGCGUCUGAGGCUCGUUCGACCUGGUCUCGCACGAGGGGCACCAGGUCACAAAAGCAACCCAGAGGUCCAUGGGCCAAGCUUAAUGGACAAUUGGGUAUCACUGAGUGA